UUGGUAAACGCAAUGGCCCGUACUAGCGCAGAAGCGUGAAACUCCUAAUGAAUCACGUGUAUUCAUUAAUAUCUUCGGACUGCAUUGAUGACAUUUUUUUUCUUUUUGGGUUAAAUGGGCUUUGUCGUUUGCCUCAUUUGAAAUUCAGUUGUAAUGGUAACUGAUAAAGGUCAAUGGAAUAAACCCCGGUUUAUAUGUUCAGAUCUAUUAGUAACAAGAUUCAUCGGAACUUUCUCUACAUCGCAGGCUUGGAGAUGAGCUCUCAAAAAAGUUCCUCGGUCCCUACGAGCGACAUUACACCCGUCCAGCAGAUGAUUGCGUCUUGCUCUGGGGCAAUUAUUACGUCCCUGUUUGUAACACCCCUGGAUGUGGUGAAGAUCAGACUGCAGGCACAAAAGAAUCCUUUUCCCAAAGGAAAAUGUUUUGUGUACUGUAAUGGCCUGAUGGAUCAUAUAUGUGUCUGUGAGAAUGGCAAUUCAAAGGCAUGGUACAAACCACACGGUCAUUUCUCCAGUACUUUGGAUGCCUUUAUUAAGAUUAUACGUAUAGAAGGAAUCAGGUCUCUAUGGAGCGGUCUUCCUCCGACGCUAGUGAUGGCAGUGCCUGCAACAGUCAUUUACUUCACAUCUUACGAUCAGCUAUGUGCAGUUCUCAAGCUCCGGAUGGGAGACCGGUCAGAUUAUGCGUCGCUGCUGGCCGGCGCCAUCGCAAGAGUGGGGUCGGCUACAGUAAUCAGCCCCCUGGAGCUGAUCCGCACUAAAAUGCAGUCUGAGAAGCAGUCGUACCGGGAGCUGAGCACCGUGAUCCGGUCAGCGAUGCGCAUCGAGGGCUGGAGGUCUCUGUGGAGGGGCUGGGGACCCACGCUGCUCCGAGAUGUCCCGUUCUCAGCUAUGUACUGGUUUAACUAUGAGAAGGGUAAAACCUGGCUCUGUCAAUACUACAAAGCUACAGAUCCAACUUUUGCCAUCACAUUCACAGCUGGAGCGCUGUCUGGAUCGUUUGCAUCGGUCAUCACAUUGCCGUUUGAUGUGGUCAAGACAAAACGACAGGUAGAGCUGGGUGAACUGCAGACAAUGAAAUUGUCCACACAAGUCUCAUCCAGCACAUAUUAUGUGAUGAAAAGAAUAGUUGCUGAAAAUGGAGUAUCAGGACUAUUUGCAGGUUUUCUGCCGAGGCUGAUUAAAGUGGCUCCGGCGUGUGCUAUAAUGAUCAGCACAUACGAGUUUGGAAAAGCAUUUUUCCGUAGAUACAACCAAAAGAAACAAAGGGUGACACAUCUACAGCCCAGCAUGUGAUCUCACACACCGUACCACUGAUUUAGAUGAACAUUUGAUCACAGACAUUUAAGACACAGUAAAUUAACCACAGAUUACUCCAUAUAUUUUCCCAACAUGCUAUCGUUCGUGCUUAGAUCAUAGAGUUGCUGUGAAAUAAAUCAGUAUUUACUUUCUCUAGUAAAUAUAAAAAUUUUGCACUUAGGUUAAAUUAUUGAAAAUAUAGCUAAUAGUAUAGUUUGAUUAUUUGUUUUUAAAAGUAUUAAUUAAAAAAGGUGUAGACCCCCUCCCCACACCUCCCUUUUUUUAGUACAUUUACACCAAAUGUAUUCCCAUCAGGCAUGGUGAUUGUCUUUGUCAGUUGUUCUCUACCUGUUCAGACUUGUUGACUUUUAAUUGUAAAGUUAAAUGUCUUUGUAGUAUUUCCGUUAUGUGCUUUCGAGGUUUGAGUUGAAUGAAGACUGUGUGCAAAUGGUGCCAAAAAAUAGACUGAGCAGGGGAUUUAAAUUUUUCUGUACUUAAAUGAUUUUUAAUUGUUGACUUAUACAUUUCUUCACCAAUUGCCAACAAUGAAGUGUCAAUAUUCACAGCUAAAUUGCACUAUAUGUCCUUUGCUUUUUAAGUGCUUCAAAAAUCAGGAACGAUUUAAAAUCUGUCUGAUUUCUUUAUUCAGUCCAAAA